GGUGCUUUGCCGUUGGUGACAGCAGCGACUUUUUGCUUUUCUUAUAAAUGGAAGUGGUUAAUAAUUACUUCCUACUGCCUGUUAUCAUUGUGGGGCCUUUAUAAGGCAUUAACUGCAAGUUCACCAUGGCAGCGCCGUCUCUGUUUCGCAAUGCCCUUCACCAUGCGAUCGAUUCUAACAGUUUUGCGCACUCUGGGUCUGGUGGGAGGAAAUCGAGUGGCAUUGUCACAUGUUUACCUGCAGGUAGAAGUUGAUGGCGUUUCCAUACUCGGCGGUGCUAUUGGCGCUAUGCGUAUACCCGAAAAAUGGUUUCCUGGUUUGGUUGACUUCUAUUUGAAUUCACAUAAUAUAAUGCACGUUUUAGUUGUCGUUGCUGUGUAUUCAAUGCAUAAGGCAACCCUGAGGGACUUCGAAUGGAUGUCUACCACAUCAUGUGACAGUUUUACAAAUACAACUGCUAGCGCUAUAAGUAAUGCAAUGGGCACAAAUUUGGAACUAUGACCCCUUCAUAUGGGAAAUCUGAUGAGUUACUAUAAUAAAUUUAUAUUUUUAAUUAGUUUCAAUUGUUAAUUCUUU